AUGUUGUCCCCAGCGUUUGGAAUCAGAAUUCAGCAAUCUUCAAGCAAUCAGAAAACGAUUUCUGAUACCACGAUACCCGUAUCUCAUACCACAAAUACCAUAGCUGAUACUAUAGGAACAACUGAUGCAACAGUAGCCGAUCACCAGGAAUUCAUUUUCGCUGCUACUGAGACUGUGGCGGAUGAUGUGGAAAAGACUACCCCUUUGGAGUCAUGGACGUUCCAGGGCAUGGACUUAGCCGAGUUAUUUACAGAAUUCCAACAAGCUGUCACGAGAAUAACUGCUAAUAAGUUGCUCUUUAUCGAAUCUUCCAUACACGAACUUUUAUCUUUGUCUAAUAUCCUUCUCUUAUGCACUGGCCAACACAGUCCACUGUGUAUUGAUAUAUUCUCUGAAGACAUCCUUGUCAAACUCAAUAAGGAAAUGUUAGCCGAAUGCCUGGACUUCAAGCAGGAUAUGUGUGAUGAAGUGUGCAUGAAGCUGACUCGAUUGAUGAACAAUAUGGACUCAAAUCUCCAAGCAAAGGAUGAUGUUGAAAUUGAUCUCUUGAUGCUUGGUAGGAGCUUGGACCCACUUCAGGGAUCGUUGUUGCGAGGCAUUGCGGCCGCAAUGCGCAAACUUCCCCUAAUUGCCAUCAAGAACAAGAAGUGCAUCGGUGAAUGUGAACUUUUCACGAUGUAUUUUGACCCUAUUUUAUCCUCUUUGCUAUCUGAUCCCAGCAGAAAUGUUUUAUUGCGAUGGUCGAAUGUGACAAGCGAUCAAAGUGGAGACAUACGCCCUGAUGCAACCAUUUCUAAGAUACACCAGCGUGAUUUUGGACCAAGCUUAGGAUUUGGCGAAGUAAAGCUAGCACGUCCCACCACCGACAAUCAUUCACUAUGCCACGACCUUCUGCGCUUGGCAACGCUCGCCAAAGAUACCAUUGAUAACAAUAAGCUGCAAGCCGCUUUGACCUUCCAAAUCAAUGGGUUCAAUAUUACUUUUUUUUUGUCAAGCUUACGACACGAUGGAAUGUAUCUCAUGCAAGAGAUUGGUCAACUCACGUUUCCCUGCUCCUUGGAAGAAUUGGUUUUCUUUGUCAAUUUGAAGAACAUUCGCACGCUGUGCCGACCUAUGAAUGAUGGAAAGUCUUGGGAAACUAAGCGGCGUCCCACCCACCCUAGCAUCUACUCGUUUAUUGAUGCCACCAAGGACCGACAUUGCUUUUGUGGCUUGCGAUUUGAAAGAUAA